AAAACGGACGUGAAGCUGUCAACAUGAGACUGCUGUUAGCAUUGGCAUUGGAAUUUUUAGUCUGCAGCCUGAUCACCGGCCAGCAAAUGCAACCAUGCAAAAGCCCACCAUACCUCAUGGGAAAGUUAUUGGUGUCCUUAGAGGGCGAAAUAAAAUUGUGGAGUUAUGAAUACAAUGCAGCACUACAGAGGAUGAGAGUCUUUGACACUAAAAAUCUGACAAAUCAAUCCAUUACAUGGGAUUAUCUUCUACACUUUGGAGAGGGUGCGAUGUAUGAGAUGGAUGUCCUGACCUCCACCUGCUCUAAGAGGCCUCUCAGAACAGAUUACCAGCCCAUAGGAAUCCCGGACCAUGCAACUUUUAUGAUGCCUUUGGUUUUAGGUAUCCUGUCUGUACCCAGCGCGGGGGUGCAGAUAAACUCAUGGCAGGGAUAUACUCUACGAGGAGAGCAAUACAGCAAGUUAGUGACUGAAGUCGAAUGUGUCCCUUAUCAUACAAUCUUCUACACUGAGAAACAUGGAGAGGUGGUCAUGGUGUUUCUGAACAGCACCAUGCACAGGACAGCCCUAGAUGACCUUAGCCCUCCACGCUUUUGUCCAGAUCAAGAUGCCCACCCAACAGGAAGACCGGUGGAUUUAAUUGAGUUGGUCUCCGAGAGCAAAGCAAGAGACCUGAGAAGAGCUUUGUCCAAACUCAUAAAUAUCUAUAUGAAUAAUUAUUCUUCCUUGUAAACAUACUACUGACUGCUGGUUCUUUGUUUCCUCCAAAAAUGGUUGAACACUUGUGAUUAAAUAAGUAAUCAAGUGCUUUCAACUUGCAACUGAAAUACCAGUUGCAAGUUGAAAGCAUUUUAUUAUUAUUAGUAUUUAAGAUUUUAGGAGUUGCAAAUUCAGUUGACAUGUUGGACUUCUAAAAUAUGAAGGAAAACAAAAUGUUGAAUGAUUGUUGUAUUUUAAUAUUAAUUAGGGUUAGUUUUCCUGACUAUGAAAUAUUAUGUAACUUUUCUGAUGCAGGGUCCACCACCCGUCUCCAUAGUAAUGUUAUUGUCUAGCCCUCUGACACCCCAAUAUUUUAGGUAUUUUAGUAUUUGUACCCUUCAUGUCACUGUUCCCAACGCAUGAAAGUGAUAUAAAAUAGAACUAAAUUAACUUUUUUUUGGUCUUCUGUCCAAAUAUAUCAAGGCAUGAUCAGACUUGUAAAAAAUAUUUUAGAUUUGGGCAAUUUUGUAUGUAAAA